AUGGUCGAGCAGAUUGGAGAAUUCGGUCUGAAAGGCCUUGCAUCUCAGAGUGGGCGGGAUCAGGAUGAACAGGCACACUGGACUUCGGGUAGGCAGCACACGUGAUAGAAAGAUACAAGUUUAUUCGUGUAUACAAAAUGGAAAACUAAUAAAAGGGGCUACGGAAAAAAACGGAAAUACAAUGGAACGUCCUAUCGUGAGGAGUUGGAGGUCAUUCGUUGGCAUCUGGCUCCAGGAACUUGGCUCCUGCAAGGGAGACGAAGAAUAACGCCUCUAGCGUGACAGUUCCUUAAAACACUCAAGGUGGGAUCCCUGCUCAGAUCACCGGCUGUUACCUAGUCCCCUCCCUAAGUUGGAGCACUGUCCUCAAUGUUGAGAUCGACGGUGGGUGAAGGGGCGGUCAACUCAGUGGCGUCUGGGAUGACCUGGCUGGCAGGGAGGAUGGGUAAACAGUCGGGGGGGGGGCAGGCUUGCAGGCGAGCUCGGUAGAGUUUAAUGUUAUCGAAGUGUGCGGUGAAGGGGUGAGCGUUAGAAUCGCUUCGGAAACAAUAAUAGCGUUAACGGCCGCGCCGGGAGUUUCGCCUGCAGGGCUGGUCGUGGCGGAAAGGCGGGAUUGCGUCCGCGUUAGACACAUAUACGGCUCGCUGUACUGAUUCUUAAAUAAAAAAAGACAGUUUAGCCUUCUACCCUGGUUUGCAUCAUUUCUGAUUGCUAUGACUAUUUGGUUGCCUCCUGACCCUGCAUUUUCCCAUUUUUCUUACCCUCCGCUUUGUUGUUUUCUAACAAGUUACUCUGGUGCGGCGCUUAAGGUUUUCAUCUCUUUUGGUCUCUUGGAUUUCCUCUUGCUGCAUUUGUUUGUUUUACUGCGCCUUCGGUACGCCCUCCUUUUCGUGUUUCGGCUGUCUCUUUGGGCGUUGCGGUACGUGCAAUCCGCGACUUCGAUUUUUAGUCCAAGCUCCGCCUGGGAUUUUCAAGUAGGUGGUCGUUCCUUAACUUACCGUCUCGUACUGUCUUAUCUUGGAAAUCGUAUGUGUGUAGCGACUGCAUAUACCGUUUUGCAUCAACCUCUUGAACUGCGCAUCCAACUUUUCGGGGUCAAUGGGCUUAGGGCAUGGAAGUUCUGCAAAGUAUGCUCUUUGAGAAUUUUCGUAAUGUCAAUGUUUUCGGGCGGCACCAAGUCAUGGUUAUAGUCCAUUGUAAAAGGCGUUGCCGUGAUUCACUCCUCUCCGUGGAUGACAUUGAAAAACGAGCCGCAUCCAUCACGGCUAGUAUCACGAUAAAAAUGUCGUCAUCUCAGAUGAUUCGAUCGCGCAGUCCACCUAUCCGUCGGCACGUCGACCGCAGCGGCAUCUCACCCAAUUUCUGUCCGAGUUGGCUCAGCCGUCGUGGUGGCCAGCUGAAAGACAGACAGGUAUGGUUUACCUAGACUUGAAUAAGACGUUCGGCUGGCGGGCUGCGGUCUCCGGGAAUGGAGCGCCAACGGGACAACUGUUACUAAAUGUCUACCCAACGAUUGCAGAAUAUAGGUGGCACUGGUUUUCGAUGAUUUGGACUCCGGUUUAACAAUAACAAGUACUGGUGUAUUCUAGUGCAACGUCUGGAUCCUGCCUUUAUCCUAUCUCCUUUGAGAUCUCGGACAGCCUGACUCUUUCACUGUCGCCUAAACUAUGGUGGCUGUGCUGCCACAGUCCUUCGAUGAUUUGUGUUGUCUCUGCAUUUCAUGUGUUCCUGCUUACGAACACGCUGUUAGAAUCCUCGGGCCUGGACCGUCACAUAUGAAUGUUGUUAGUCUCUUAUUAUUUUACGUGCAUGGGUGCUGUUGUCCUGCUAUUUAAAAACCUAUUAAUUCACUUUGCUGUCGCAGCACUUCUCACCUCUGUGGUUUUUUCAGUCCAAGUGAGGACACGCACUUUGCUGGGAAAUGACAAUAGGGCGAACAAUGCUUUAUGUUUUAUUGGCCUGAUUUUCCAGUUGUGUGAUUCCAAGGUUUCGCGAUCGCUUAUUUUCUGAUGUCAGCGUCUCUGUUCAUUGUCUGAUGCUUUCUCGGUUUUCGUUUCAGACGUCUGUGGUCCCAAUAUCCCUGCGGAUAUACACAUUCCACGGUUAUAUUGAUCGAUACGAUCAUGUCUGAGUGUGGCUGCAAGGGAGUCCGUGUCUGCAAGUUAUGCGAGGAUCGGAAAGCAUUUAUAACUGUGCCAUCUGUGAGUUUGGCAACUGGCCAGUACAUUCUUUUCUAAAGGUGGAAGAAAAGUUCGCCGAAUUUGCAUAUUGUGAAAAGUGUGGCCAUGUAUAUAUUGAUUCCCUCACCUCAUCGUCAUGCAAAGAUCACGUUGACGGACCAACCUUUCAUGGAGUUACUCUCCUGCUGGAAUUCAUUAGUGAAGCUGAGGAGGAAGCUCUGAUUCAAGAAAUAGACAUGUCACCCUGGGUGCCUUCACAGUCUGGGAGAUAUAAGCAAGUGCGUUUCAGCCCUUUUCUGUUAACGGUUGCACUACUUUUGUCCACUACUUCCUGCGAUCGCCCAAAUCCUAGUCUGGAAAACUCGGCUCAAUUGUAGUAGUUCCGUCGUUUAUGCCUAUAUCAGUCACGGAGAUACCGGCCUUAUAUUAAACCUUACGAGCGCUCGUCGUCCUAUUGUUUAGUCCGAUGAUCGUGUGUAAAAAGAAAUGUGUCUGAACAGUAGAACUAAAAAACCAGAGAACUGUUAUCACCGCUGUUAAAUUGUCUGGCGUUGUCUUAGAUCAGACUUCUCAUAGUCCGUAAAUCGAUUAAACAAAAAUCUCUAAUGCCAUUUGGAGGCGCCAAUAUCAUAUAGUCAGACGUUUUUCCCUCAGUAACGAACUUAAGCCGCCAAUCUCAACUUCCGGUCAGGAGUGUUCUACCAGGCCAGGUGCCAUUGAACCGCCGCCGCCGGCUACCUGAGAUUCGAUGUUCCUUUAAUUAGCAAGUCGCAUCUUGCAUAGUGCGGAACUAAUUUUCAACCUAGAUUGCAUAGUUAACCAAUAAUGCGCAGAAGUUGGACAAUUACGUACCUGAAAAUCUGCUAUAGUCCGUAAAUCAAUGAAGGCCACUCCAUCCACAUUUCGCGAAGCCUGUUGCUCAAGUUCGACUCGAGAGGAAAUUUUCCUAUUUGAGUGAACUUCGUAUUUCUGAAGUUUGUGAUUAAGGAUUUUUGCAAAUCUUAACAGCCAGGUGUUGGUGGGUCGUAUGUUUCGCAUCUUCCAGCUUGUUAAACACGUACCAUACUUUUUCGAUGAAGUUUGGGAUAGGUUUUGCUGCUGGGAAAUACUUCCCAACAUAGGCAUAGUUCGUCCGGCCAUUCGAACGAAUCGAGUGGUUUGUAGCCACAGCAUAAUCUGGAAAAUUUUUUCUCUACACUUCUAACGACAAUAGGGUAUCAUUAUUUAGCUGUCCAAACGCUGCCAAACUUUCUACACCGUACUCUCACUAGUUUUCUCAGCACUUUUCCCAUAAAGAAAUCUUUCAUAGUGAAAUUCGAUUUUCGAAUGCACAAACAAGCCGAGAAGCUUCAAGAAUUUGUUUUUUUUUCAGGACUACGGCGCGAAGGUAAAUUUUAAAAAGAAACGCGUCGUCUUGGGUGCCUUUACAGGGCUGCCUAGCUACAGCCGAAACUUAGUUAAACGACUCCACCAACGCAUGCGAGAGACUGAUCCCUCCUUUAGGGAAUUCUAUCCGGCCGAGCUCUGCAAUCUGGAAUAUCUACCGCAGCGGGGCGCAGCAAUAGUUCCUCACCUUGACGAUAGUUGGCUCUGGGGUGAGAGAAUUGUGCUACUCAAUCUAGCCUCCGAGACGAACAUGCUUUUUACUCUCCCGAUGAAGUCGAGUUCGCUCUCUGAUUCGCCAGCAGCGGAUGAACAGGAUCGCUACAAAGAAUUCUCCAAUAAAUUUCUGCCUGAUGAAGUUGUAAGUGUACGCCUCGUUUCAUGCGUAUGUUCAUAUUCCACCUCUGACCCAUAGACGACACCGCGACGCCAGUUGCGGCAACUGGAACCUAGGAUAUCACCGAUGUUCCAUUCAUUCAUCAUCGUGUGCAGCGCAAUCGUUUGGCUAGGAAGGGCACGGUCGUCGAAAGGCGUGAUCCAUGGUCGCUGUGCGGCCCGUAAUGGGCACGAAAUCUAUGACAUCCAAGUGCCGUCUGCUCAUAGUUGAGGUCCAUGCUUUUAUUCGACUCUACAGCACAAGUGGGGGGUCUGAGCAUUGCGAAUUAUCAUGAUUUCUCCUUGGCUACUACCUAGCACAGUACCUCUAUGGCGCAACUACUGUCGAUGUUUGACACAAAGUCUCCUUGACCGAUUAGUGAGGCGGAAAUUUUGGCUCGCCUGGCCGUUCGGGCUCAUUCUCCAAUUCAUUAUCAGAGAGACCAACAGAUAGAAGUAGCAGACACAUGGAGCUUACAGUCCCUACACAGCCACACAUCUGCUAAAAUGACUGGCUCGCGCAUUUAUUGUGCUUGGUAUGGUGAUAGCUUGCUUACCUGCAUUCGAGUCGUUAAUGGGCGCGAUUUCAUCAUCGCUACUGAUGUUUGGCGCGUUAACCAGUCAGUCAUUUGGCUCACCGGUACUUUCACUGGGGGCAGCGUUUGCGCACUCACUCCCAUUGUGACUGUUCUGUUCAGGCAAGCUUUUAACUCUGAAUACCGUGGGAGGGAUCAUUACAGUUGUUGAUAGACUACUGACUUGAGAACCACAACUUAAGGGAAUCCUGACUCAUGGGGUUGCCACCUUCCGCGGGAAUUUCGACCUCACCAUCAGGAGGUCAGCAACGCACUAAAAAGGCACCAGUUCUAUGUCGCUUGCGAAUUCAGCCCCUUAACAUCGCUGAUACGUAAAGUUACAAUGUUAUUGGUAAUUGAGAACGCAUGUUUUCAACCAACAGGCGCAUGACGAAUUCGUCAAAGGAUCCUCACCCGAUUCUGUGGUCUCCCUAAGGCGCGCAAAUAAAGAUCUCCCAGAUCACUUGUAUCACUCAAACACACUAACAGGUCGGUAGUAGUUGUUUCUCUACCCCAAAUUUUUGACUGCUGAUUUAGACGCCACAGUGAGUUUGCCAACACAUUUGUUGAAGAACCUUAAGGGAGUAAAUCUGUCAAAUGAACUUACCGUAUUUGUGGGUGUCACACCCCUCUCUCCAUAUGUUUCCUAGAUCUGGCAGUCGAGACCACCGAUCUACUUGUCGAGAACAAAUACAAUGCGACAAACGGUCGUAUUGGACGCGUCCAAGUUCUCCAACCCGAUCUAGUGAAGUUUCAGAAAAAGUAAGUCCAUCCGAGAAACUAUAUUAUUCCAGACGCACACGGGCGAACGCUGCAUCAGUAAGGAAUGACAUGAACUGUACGGGAGCGGGCCAUCUUGCAGUUCGAUGAGGCUUAGAUUUUCGCGAGCUGACAAACUCUUGGGCUGCUGGGGUCGCGGUUUUCAAGCUAACUCGUGCAUUGGUCUCCCCUCUUUACACUAAGUGUUGGAGCUUUGCCUGGGUAGAGUAAUUAGUUAUACUGGGAGUGGGCGCAUGAAGCUGUUUCCGGUUAAAGUACUGGUGAAUCAAAAGACCGGGUGAUUGCCGCGCCGACAAUCGGUAUUGACGAUGAAAUCACGCUCACUAACGACUCGAAUGGAGGCGAGCAAACUACUACCACAGCAAGUGCAAUGAAUACGCGAACUACCCACCUUAGUAGAUGUGUGGUUUCGUAGCGACUGCACACCCUAUGCGUCUGCUAUUUUGUUGGUCUCUCCGAAGAUAACGGGAUAAACCCGAACACACGGGCGACAUUUCUGCUUCGGUGGUCGAGCCCGUUCUCUCAACCGCCCUCCAGAACCCGCCUUCUCGCGUAUAUUGACAAUGAUCUGUCUAUCUAGCCUCUGCUAGCCAGACUGUUUUCUGUGCUGUUCGUUUAAGUAGCGACAGACGUUUGAGUGAUCUAGUCACGACCUAAAAACAGCGCGUCGAGAAUCACGGAUCACUCAUUUGAAGGUGUUGUGGUUGGUGUGAUUUCAUUCCCACCGGUGACAGCCCAUUCCGGAUUUACGUGUCUAUGUCGGUAGCCCACUGCGACAGCCCGGUGGUUGUGAGAGUCAGGCUUCUGACGAGUUGCAGAAGCAUCGUUCGAGUCUGCAGUCUACGUUUUUUAGUCUGACCUAUGUCUGGUUUGUUGAUGUGUCAAGUCCUCGUACUUAUAUGCCCAACCAAUUACCGUAUUUCAUGUAUCCCAAGCUCCAGAUCAGUUAUUUAAGCAAUCUUAUCCGGCACCUUCAGUUACUACGCAAGUUCCCGACAAGGCAUUAAAACAAGUAUAAUUUAAAGCCGACAGCCUUCUGAAUGCCCUUCCCCUUUUUAGGCUCGAUUGCCCCCAAGGGUGACGGUUCAUUUACCUCGCAGAUGUCUCCUUAUAAUGUCAGGUCCGCCGCGGCACCUGUGGUUGCACGAAAUCAAUCGGAGGGACAUCAAAGCCCGCCGAAUUUCCCUGACACUGCGUGAACUAAGCUACGAGUAUCUGCCCAACCGUGAACAUCUUAAACCCUACGCAUCCGACAACGACGCUCCCAGCAGCGACACUGCGGAGACAGACCUGGAAUCCCAUCCCCUCACACCGCAACAGUGCGUAGGCCUCAGCUUGAUCAAGCUGGCCACGACGUACAAUGGUGUUUGCGUGGGAAUGAAGACCGGACAACCCUGUGCCACGAAAUUAAAAAUAUGA